AUGGAGCACACAUUCAUGACCAUACACAACUUGACGCCUGACUGCAACAUCCUCUUUGCAUCAGAGUCCAUCAAUGACAUCCUGGGCUGGCGAGCAGAACAUGUUCGCGGGCGGUCCGUCUUUGACUACUUCCACCCUGACGAGGUCCCUUUUGCAAGGUCGAUCCACAGCCGAGGGAUCCUCCUCGACAAGGCUGCCAGUCUUCAUUAUGCCAGAGUCUUGUCGGCAGACGGCCAGUGGGUGAGCUGUGAGUGUUGCUUCACAGUGGUCCACGAUGUGCUGGUUGCGUGUACCAGCAUCUACCGCCAGGGUGCGAAGAGUGAAAGGCGGGCCAUCGAAGGUGCACAGAUCCGACGCAUCUUCUCCUCCUCCCCUCGAGACCCCCGCUAUCACAUGUUGGAGCACCUAUCUCCCAAAUUCCAGAUGCCGCCCGUGGAGCGUGAACCCCGGGCCGCGCUGAUCCUGAACCGCUUCACGAGGAACCUCACCAUCAUGUUCGCCACCAACGCAGUCGCAUCGGUCCUUGGCCUCUCCCCGGAGCAGGUCAAGGACAAAAGCUUUUACCGCUGCAUCCAAGAGCGGUGCCUGCCUGAUGCCCUACAGUGUCUCGAGAGCGCCAAGGCCAACGACUCCAUCGCGUACUUACGCUUCUGGUCAAGAGACCCACGGGAGGAGGAAGACUUCGAGGGCGCGGAACAAGACAGCGAUGAUGACGAGCCGAUGAAUGAAGGAGAUGCCGGCGGUAGCAACAGUGACUCGGACGACGGAGGUGCAGCGCUGAACAGUGCAGCGGAGGACGGCUCGCGAGAGCAGAGCGGUCCGCCAAUCAAGCAAGAGAGUGAAGAUGACAGCAUCGAGCAGGCAGACCACAGACCACGGCGACCUCGGAAUGGGCGCCAGCCGCUUCUUUCUGUCGAGCUCGAGGCCGUUGUCUCGUGUACCUCUGAUGGCCUGGUUGUGAUACUACGAAGGGCUCGACCUCCCAUCCCUGCGGCUCACCCACCACUGGUCUUGCCUCCGUGGGAUUUCGAGAACGGUCUCUUCGCUGCACCGUGGGCUCAGCAGCCCGUCAGGCCUUACGUGCCUCCCGAGAUGCUGUACACAUUCCAAGCGCCACUGCUUCCACAGUACAUGCCACUGCGUGAAAGCGUCAAGGCUGCCGGCGGACCACCCAUAGACCAUUUGAUGCGGUCCAUCCGCGACGUGGCUGUCUUUGCGUGGGGUCUGGUCGGCAUCAAUGGCAACCUUGCAUCCUUCGCUCACGGCCGUCCGCUUGGUGAGGCCGCACCUCCAGGCGGUCUUCCCAUCUGGGACCCCAGAGCGACAAACUCCAUUUACCAGCCUCCAGAGAAUCAGGCAGCGGCACGCUGGGCAUAUUUGGAGAGCAAAAAUGGCAAGGGCAAGGCGCCCGAGCCGCAACAACAACAACCACCGCCACCUCUCAGCCAGCACUCAUCCCACUUCGGGCCCCCAGGAGUGGCAGCACCUACAGGUCAUCACAAUCCUCAACAUGAUCGGGACAAGUACCUGCGCGAGACGUCGAACUACACCACACAACUGAGUCUCUACCAGCAUCCUGGCCACGGUGGCCUACCACCGCCGUACCAGCGGCACAAUCCCUUCCCUGGUCCACUAAACCAGGAGCCAUGGGGGACAGAGCAACAGCAGGAAAGACUGCCUGGUGCGUCACAUGGAACCUUUGCAAUCCCUACAUCACACCAACCUUCUCAUCGGCCGGGCUCACCAGCUUACGAUGAACGUGGAGGUUCUUGA